AUGUUAUUUGCUACUUGAAACAACAAAUGGUCAAUAUUAUUGUUUUACAUAAACCUGCAUGAAUAACCCUGGUGAGUUUCGCAGUCUUUACUGCCCAAACAAUGUGAUUUCUACAGUUCCGUCGAUUUGGCCAAAAUAACUUGCCUAUGACUGCUGCUAGCAACCGUGUCAGGCUGUUAACGCACAGUUUUGCAUGGAGUAACUGAAUGGGACCUCAAAGUUGAUAAUGUCAAAGUGGUCUCUGGGAGGAAAGCAGUCCUCUGGAAAAAUCAACAGCUGGGUGGAACCAUCAUUUGGUGAACUUUUGAGUGGUGUUGGGGUAAAUAAGACCCUGAGAAAAGGAACUCGCUCAGGUGAAACCAAGAGUACGAGGUGGGCGUUCACUGGAAAUCAAACAGGAAUAAAAUCUAGGAAAAGAAAAGGAGAUCUCUAUGAGACCAACAGCCAGAUCAAUGUACCAGGUCAAGAAUAUAUAUCGGACCAAGAUGAGCCCUGGGUGGAUAUUCAUGCCCCCCAUUCACAGGCUGAAUUGGCAGUCCACAAAAAGAAACUUGAAGAAGUUGAAAGCUGGUUAAAAGUUCAUUUGGACAAACCCAAAAAGGCUGGACAAGGUGGCGCCAUUUUGUUGCUCACUGGCCCCUCAGGAAGUGGGAAGACAGCUACUGUUAGAGUUCUUUCGAAGGAUUUGGGUUUUCAGAUUCAGGAGUGGUCAAAUCCCUCCACCACUUCUCGAUACACAACAGACGAUUUGUUCACACAAAGCUUUGAUCCAGAUUCAAGGUUUAACCGUUUCCAUGGCAGCUCACAAACAGGGUUAUUCCAAGAGUUCCUGCUAAGAGCCAACAAAUACAACCGUCUACAGAUGAGUGGCGAGAUAACAUCUGAAGACCGAAAAAUAAUUCUUAUAGAGGAAUUUCCAAAUCAAUUCUAUAGACAACCAGGGUGUUUGCAUGAUAUACUUAGGCAAUUUAGUAAGACUCGCCGUUGCCCUCUGGUCAUGAUUGUGUCUGACAGCCUCAGUGGGGACAGGAACUCCAGACUGCUCUUUAAGGAUGUUCUGCAUGAACUUGAAAUUCACAGCAUUAGUUUUAACCCCGUGGCCCCCACCAGUACGAUGAAGGUACUUAGCCGUAUCGUGACCAUCGAGGCAGGAAAGAGUUCCGGCAGGAUCUCUGUUCCUAAUAAAGCUGCUUUAAAUCUUCUGUGCUCUGGAAGCUCGGGAGAUAUUCGCAGUGCCAUCAACAGUUUGCAGUUCUCCUCAUUUACUGACAAAUGUUUGGAGAAGAGUCUCUGCGCUUCCAAGAAGGGCAAGUCUUCGUCCUCUUCAGCAAAAACUGCAGUAAGGGGAAAGGGGAGAAGCAAAUCUUCUAAAUCUACAGACAUGCAGGAUGAAAGCCCUGUUAUUGGUGGGAAAGAUGCCUCACUUUUCCUCUUCAGAGCUCUAGGGAAAAUCCUCUACUGCAAACGGGAACGCUAUGAAGACUCGCAAGCACCCAAGCUGCCUCCACAUCUAACAGAGCAUCAGAGGGACAAACUGCUUGUUGAUCCAGAACUUGUUAUUGAGCGUUCACAUAUGUCUGGUGAGUUCUUCAACCUUUACUUGCAUCAGAACUACCUUGACUUCUUCUCGGAUGUAGAAGAUCUAGCACGGGCCAGCGAGUACCUCUCUGAUGCUGACUUCCUGACAGCAGAAUGGAGUUCAAGGUCUACCAUGUUGGAGUAUGGAUCAUCAGUGGGCACAAGAGGACUUAUGCACUCAAACUCUUCUCGAGCACAAGCCAGCAGCCAUUCCACUACCGGUUUCAAGCCUCUUCAUAAACCUCAUUGGCUGCACAUAAACAAGACGUAUCGAGAAAAUUACCUGACUGCGCAGACACUCUUCGUAAAUUUCUGCCUUACCCCUGUGAGCCUUCUGUCAGAAAUGGUGCCUUAUCUUGCAAAGCUCACCAACCCAAUGAGGAAUCAAGCUCAGAUAGCCUUCAUCCAAAAUAUUGGCCAUCUUUCUCAAAGAAAGGUUCCUAACAGACUGAGACUUGAAGCACUUGGUGACAAAGACCCUGGCGUUUUGGAUACUGACAGCGAAAAUGAAGAUUCCUCUGGAGCUCAGUCCCUCAAUCCUGGUACCACAUCAGGGACUGCCACAACUGAAUCGAACCUGCCAAACAGCCAAGAACUCUCUGCCAGCCAACCCCAGCCCACAAGCACUGAAGCCCUUCUGGAUGAGGAAGACCUCUUAAUUGAGGAAUAUGACAGUGAUUAGCUCAUCACGUCAUCAUUUCAACAGACUGAUUUAAUACAACUUGCUGCCUUGAUGCAGUCGUUGUACCUCUAGGUCUUUAUGUGUUCCUUAGUUUUCUUGUUUUAUUAUGUUAAUUAUUUGAUAUUUAUGUGCUUCAACACAGAUUGGCACUGUAGAGAAUUGUUCAUAUGUUUGUAUCUGUGUUGAAAUGUACGUCUUCUGUACACAGUUUCAGCAGUUUGUUCUGGGGUGUUUGUUAUAGUAUUUGUGAACAGAACAGAACAAGAUCAACAAAAUGUACAGCCAUAAUUAAAGCCGUAUGUAUAAAUAAAAUGCUGUGGGACUGAAAAGUAGACAAUGUGCGUUUCAGUCAAGGAAGUGAUUGCAAUAAACCAGUG